AUGUCAUUGCAGCUGAAAGAGAUUCCUACAGUCGGGUCAUCCGGCAUUAUUGCGUCUUGGAUAGAUGCCUUUAGGUUUGUCUUUCACGGGGAGGAGAUUGUCCGAGAGGGUUACGCGAUGUACUACGGCGGAACAUUCAAAGUGCCGUUGCUCGACAAAUGGAUGGUAGUUGUUAGUGGGGCCGAGAAGAUUGAUGACAUCCGAAAAGCCUCACACGAGCAAUUAUCUUUCGUGGGCGCAGCCCAGGAUAUUUUCCAGGUGGACUACACGAUGGGCCCCAGUGUCGCGGCCGACACCUAUCAUGCAGACGUUAUACGUAGCUCCUUGACGCGUAAUAUCUCCGCGUGUUUUGCGGAUGUUCAGGAUGAAAUUAAAAUGGCCUUCAAAGACAAUAUACCAAUGACCGAAGACUGGACCGGGGUCCCCGCAUACAAAACAAUUUUGCAAAUCGUGUGUAGAGCAAGCAACCGGAUGUUUGUUGGUCUUCCUCUCUGCCGCAACCCCGAUUAUAUCAAACUCAAUAUCGAUUUCACUGUCGACGUCGUGGCCUGCGCUCACGUUAUCAACCUUUUUCCUUCUAUCUUGAAGCCAAUUGUAGGGUCCGUCUUUACGCCUCGCAGACGUGCUACGUUCAAGAUGGAAAAACUUCUUGGUGUUAACAUACAGGAACGACUACACCAGGACGACGUGCACGGCAAAGACUGGCCGGAAAAACCGAAUGAUCUGCUUUCGUGGCUCAUUGACGGAAGCAACGGCAAUAGCGAGAGGCGUACAGUGCCAGACUUGAUUGCUCGAAUGCUUUUCAUGAACUUUGCGGCUAUUCAUACAACCUCCAUGUCAUUCACCACCGCUCUUUUUGCAUUGGCUGCACAUCCAGAAUAUGCUCAGACCCUCCGAAGUGAAGUGGAGACAAUCAUCACGGAAGAAGGCUGGACGAAAUCUGCGAUGGGAAAGAUGAACCAGCUCGACAGUUUCUUGCAGGAAGCUCAGAGACUCUAUGGUGGCCUGGGUAUCCUUAAGAUGAAUCGCUUGGUCAAGAAGGAUUUCGUGUUUUCAGAUGGCACCGUUGUCCCUGCGGGCUAUCACCUUUCUGUCGCCGCUGACUCCACGCAUAUGUGCGAGGAGAACUACCAAGACCCGCUGGAAUUCAAGCCGUGGAGGUUUUCUGAUUUAAGGAAGAGGGAAGGCGAAGGUAUCCGUCAUCAGAUGGUUACGCCCACUCUUGAUUAUAUUUUCUUUGGCAACGGACGACCAGCAUGCCCAGGACGCUUUUUCGCUGUGACUGAGUUGAAGGCCCUUCUGUCCCAUGUUCUUCUGAACUUUGACGUGAAGAUGGACAAGGUUCCAGAAAGUGGAUCGUUCCUCUUCGACCGGUUUCCUAAUAAGAGCAGCAAGGUGCUGUUCAGGAAGCGUGCGACUAGCUGUGGAGGCGAAUAUGCAUAA